CGACAAAACACUCGUGCGCUCAAAGAUGGCGGAUGGGUCGCCCGAGGACCGCGCCGGCCCGACUCAAAUGAACGAUUUAACUUUUUCCGCGCCCGAUAAAGGACAUCGUGACACAAAAAAGUGCAGUGACGAUACAUUUAACGGCGACAGUGUAAAGUUAUCUUUGUACAAGGACCAGGAAACGAGUGAUUCGUGUGAGAAAAGUGAUACGCGCGGCGUGGCUGCCGAACGCGGGCCGCUCGCCGCGGAUACACGAAAACAGACCGAUGCGAACGUUCCGGAGAGCGACGACAGGAAGAAGAGAUGCUUCGACAGAUACGACAGCUCCGAAUCUUCUGACAGCGGCGUGGCGGUGCUGAGUCCGACGGAGAGCGGCGGCUGCAGCGGUAGCGAUAUCACGGAGCCGCGCUCGCCGCGCAGCCCCGAGUCGUCGUGCGGCACCGAAGAGGGCGCGGGAGCGCGCAUGCCGCCGUGGGCGAGUGACCCGGCGCCGCCGGCUCCGCGACGCCUCGCGGCCCAACCGGCGCCCGUCCGCCGCGCCAACCCGCCCGUCCACCGCCGUAUUACCGAAUACUUUAACCACAAGAUGAAGCCGCAGAACGGCCUCAAGCGCGACGCCACCGCGCCCACCAACGAUGACACCAAAAGAAAGUGCCUACCCAAAAACGGCGUCACGCACGACUUGGAGAAAUAUAUCUCUUACUUAUCACAGACGCUCAGCCCCAAAGUGUUGAUGGACGUGGGAAAACAGGCUGACUCCUUACGGAGACCAUCCGCGUCUGCUGUAAACGGCUUUGUGGACGCGACCAAACCGGCCGAUCUCAGUAAAUCAACAUCCAUUUCAAACGUUAACGCUAUUGUCGACUUCAGUAGGUCCAAGGACAUCAGUGACAGGAUGCACACAACGAUGAACGGUUUUGUUGAAGUGCGGCACGUUUCGGAGACACUCUCCAAGGAGAAGCCAUCGGGCGGGCUUCUCAACGGGCUGGUAGACGGCAAGAAGCACGCUUUCGAAACAAAAACUACACCGGACCCAUCCGCCAACUGCAUCAUGCCUUUCAACAAAAAAAUUGGAGAACCUACCAAACGCAAAGUCCCAAUUCCUGCUUCAAAUGAAAUGGUCAAUAUGAGGAUAGCGCCUGCGACCUCUAUCAAUCAAUCCCCAAAAAAAUUUGCGACUUCCAAACCAGAAUCUGUCAGAAUUAAUGGUGUCGUGAGUUCAACGACCAAGCUAGACAGCAGGAUGAAUGGAGUCACCUGUGGAUCAAAUAAUCUCAGUUUAAAUCCGAUCACUGCGAAACCGGUACCGGCAAAAAAAGAUGCGUCCAAAAAAAACUCGAUGCCGGCCAAAAGAACGAAUCGAAAAUCAUCUGCGUGUAUUGCGAACAGUAAAAACCUGACAUGGUCGAAAGCGAACAAUUUAAAACAAGUUCAACUUCAGCAGAAACAAAACUGUGUUAACUCCAUUCAAAGUGCUUCAAUAAAACAGAACGGGACUGAUAUUAGUGCCGCGCCAAAAAUGAGCAUACCGAACGGAGUUCGACAAGUGUCGAUGACGAUGAAUGGGAGUUUAGGAAAUUUAAAUGUACCUGUAACUAAUCUGCAGAACUGUCACCAAAUUAACAUACCGCAGCCUUGUAAUGGCACUGUGCCGUCGAAUAAUAUACCCUCGUUUGUCGCUGUACCUCAAAACGUGAUGCUCACUACAUUGAGAAUACCUCAAAACGGUUUACCGGCGCACACAUUAGGGCAACAAAAUAAUAUGACAGCCUUCAAUCGGACAAACGUCAAUGUGUCAAGUCCAACAAAAUUAAGUGGCCAGUUAGUUUUUCCGCUGAUGCAAAAUAUAAACGGGACGGUCGUUCAAAUACCUAAUCUAAUGGCGAAGGUGCCCAACUUCGUUCUUCCUCAAACACCACAGUUGACUGCACAGAGACAGGACCACAUGCAAAAUCAACAAGCAGCGCAAAUUCUCAUAAACGGUACAUUGUUGAAGCUGGCUAACACCAUGACAUCGACGUAUACGAAUGUGAAUAAAGCUGGUCCGGUCACGAGUCAGUCCAUCCCGGUGAUGAAUAAGAACGUUCCCGGACUACAGACUGUCGGCGUGACAGUUCAAUCGAAACCGAAUUAUACUGUCAAUCUUAGCCACCCGGUUCUCAUGCCACAACCAGGUUUUAUUGUCACUUCAGUGCCAAAUAUAAACGUGAAAGAGACCUGGAGUUACUCGGGAACCAACACCGCGUCUUCCUCGCAAUCAACGUGCUCAAAUCCUAUAGCGAACCAUCCGCCACCUGUGUUGGCGAACUUCGCCACCCAGGCGCUGCACACGAGUAGUAUACCCAUAGCGCCUGUGAAACCGCCCGAUAACCCCAUCCAAGGCACCGAUCCACCUAGUAGCACGGUCAAGGAGCCGGAGAUGAGUGAAGUGACAAAUCCAAAGUGUGAUAUACCUUGGCUGUCUAAAAAUGUUAACAAUAAUAUUGUUCCAUUAGAAACUAAUAAAAUGAACACGAGGCCUUUCGCACAAGUAAGUAGUUUAUCAGAUAAAUUAGAAGAGUUAGUGACAGAUAAAAUUAAGGAACAUAAAAGCGACGAGAGCAAGGACGAAGUGAGAAAAGAUAGCGUGGUUGAGGAACUGAGGAAAGUGGAAGAAGUAGCGCGGAGAGAAGAGACGAUAUUCACGCAAAUAACAGUCUUGAAAGAUGUUUCAUCAAACGUGCACAACGCUGUGAUAGAAACAAACUUUUGUAGUACGACCACCGAGUCGGAGUCGGGGAUAGGAACGGACAAGUCGAUAGAUUCUCCGAGCGACUCACAAACGAGUAAGGAAUGCGACGAAGAUUCAACGCUGUCGUUAAGUGUGAGCGUGUGUUCGGUGGAGGUUCAAAGCCAAAAGAGUCCGAUCCUGAAGCAGCCGAAGACCCUUCGCUUCCCGCCGAAGAGCGCGACCAAGACGGACAGCGACCAGCGGACGACGAGCACUGACACCACGACCACUGUCACCGUGUGCCUGUGGGAGAACUGCAAGAAAGAGUUUGAGAGUGAUCCCGAUCUCUUAGACCACUUGCAGACUGCUCACGUGGAAACCCAGGCUGGGAAGGAGAACUACGUGUGUCUAUGGGAGCAGUGUAAAGUCCGCGGCAAGCCGUCCUGUUCGCGCCUGUGGCUCGAACGUCACGCGCUGUCCCACGGUGGAAACAAGCCCUUCAAAUGCAUCGUCGACGGCUGCGAGCGUCGCUUCUCCACUCAGACUUUGUUAGAGCGGCACGUGAAUAACCAUUUCAAUGAGGCGACGCCGAACACAAGUGGAGGAAAGAAGACGACGGAGACAGGGUCCAAGCUCAUCAGAAGGAAUGGCAAGAAGCUGAGGUACCGAAGACAGCCAUGGUCUGCGCGCAUGUUCGACUUCUUCGACGCGGGCAUGAUGGAGGGCCUGGCGUGGCGGCUGCUGCGCUGCACGCGCUGGCGGCUCGGCGGCGCGUGUCCGCUGCGCGAGCCGCUCGGCCGCCACACGCUCACGCUGCACGCCGCGCUCGCCGCCACCAGAUACAACGCCGUCGAGCGACGCAGGGAGGCGCUGCUCACCUACUACCCGCCGCAUGUGUUGGAGGACGAAUGGGUGCCCGAGAAAGACGUGAAGCGGAUCAAGAGAGUCGAGAUCGCGUCCCUUCCCGUCAACACGAAGGUGAUUCUGUUCGAGCAGUUCUGCGCGUCGUACCGCAAGUCUUCGUCACCGCCACCUGCCAAGUGUCCUCCGUCUACACCCGUCGCGACGCCCUCACGAACCCUCCCGGCGAGACACUGCACUUCCUCCCGACUUCUUAACAACCUCAUCGCCAAGCAAAAGAAGACAGCGGAGACCAGAAACGGCUGCAGCGCGACCAAUGUUCCGAUGGUGUACAGAGAAGAAGAGAAGACGGAGCGGGUGGAGGUGAGCGGCGCGAAGAAGAGGAAGCUCGGCCGGCGAUACGGCGGCAACGUGUUUUGGCCGUGCGGUCGAUAAUUGUGCGAUUUGUUGGGCACGUGUUACACCGCUCUCUGUCGAAUGUCGAUUUGUGCGAUUGUACAUAGCCGACCGACGUUAUCAUUCAAAGUCAAAAUGUAUUUUUGUGCCGUCAAAAUAAGUUUAGAAAUCCGAUAUUUUUUCUUGAGCGUAGAAAUAAAGUUGCUAGGUAUAGUUGGCAUUUAAUUUUUUACAAGAUAAAGUCGGUAUAGUAUAAUGUAAAGUAAAAACAGGAUUUUGAGCACGCAUUUAGAUUGUAUAGAUUUAUUCGAUAGCGAGUGUAACACGGGCCGAGACAGAUGUUGAUUCUCGAACGUCCGUCGUAGAGGAAUUGUCGCCAAAGAUUGUUGAUACCGCCACGCGGCGUACACUGCUGGCGAACAGCAGGCGUAAAUUUUAAAACACAAGACUGAUGAUUUAAUUUUUUAUAAUGAUAUUUGAACGUUACUUGAUAACGGGCCUUAGGUGCGCGUGCGUAACGUGUCGCCGCGGCGAACAACCUGUACAAUGUACAUAGUUAGUGCGAAUGUAUAGAGCGGCGGGAGGGCAGGGGGGGCAGGCGGGGGGAGGGUUGUAACAUAGGCGAUUUAGCUUAAUUCUCCGUACGGGGAGCGAGGAGCGGCGCGGAGUUAGUCUGAAUAUAUUUUAAGUUAGGAGUUAGCCGUGUCCCUCGGGACACGAGACGACCAGCGAUAUCGAUCACUGCCAACGUGUACAUAGUAGUAAGUAACGAGCUCGUUCGGAGUAGCGUAGUUGAUUUGCGUUCGUGCGCUUUUAGUUUGUUUAUGUGUCGCGGUGGUCUCGCUCGAGACGGGAACGUUCCGAGUGUCUUCCGGGUUUGGUAGCGUAUUCACCACUCACCAAGUGCCUAAGCACGUUUACUACCACGACGUAGUGUUCACUUUAUAUCAGGUUGUACCCGUGUAGUCAUAUCAAGGCGGAGCUCGCGUUUAGUUUAAGUAUUUGAUAUUCGACAUCGUGAGUGCCGUCUGUCGUGUUCUUAACGAAGCAAUCUUGUUUGUAUGCGGAAUCAACAGCUGUCUGUGUGUGUUUAUAAUAACGUGUUAACGACGUCACUGCCAUUUUGGAGUUGUGUUUAGUUUUACAAAACCGUGUUUGUAUGUUAAGCCGCGCUGCGUCGAGUCGAUCGGCGAGGGCGCCGAAUUAUCUUAACAAAUGACUAAAUCGAUCACAAUUUUUGCUGCGGUCGAUGUUUUAUAUUUAUAAUGCAAAUGAUAUACAGAUUCAAUUAUUUAGUGUGUGUUUUAAUGUACGUAUAGCCUUUGCAGUUGAAUUCGAAUAUCAGAUUAAUAUUUUUUUAGUGGUUAAGUAAUAUUUGGACGUGGCGACUCGUGAGGUCGACUCGGCGAGGCGCACCUUCAGCCUCGAAGAUUGUACUGUUAGCAAUAAAUCUUUUGUGAUAAGAAAGUAAUAGUUAAUGAUAAAUCUGUUCCAAUAACCGCGCACAAAAUGUUUGACGCUGUGUUUACGUGUUCGGUUAAUGUACGAUAUGUAAGCGAAGGUCAUUAGAAUAAACGAGAUGUAUCGAUAGUUGUUUCUGUCCAUUCGUUUUACACAACACAGAGAUGGGCUUGGUGAUGAGGUAGAGGGUAGGCACUUUUUGAUAUUCCAUCAUCAAAUUGCAAAUCUUCGAAGUAUCGAUAUCGAAAUAUCGAUAAAGUCUCGGCACGUUGAUCGAAUAUCAAAAAUACUAAGUAUGGCGUGUUUAAUUGUUAUUUAUGUAGAAAGGCGCGAUGAACAACACUGAGCCGCGGGAAACGGAUAUCGAUUGAUUAUAAGUAGGAAAUUAUCGAAUGUAGUUGGUUCAUGUUCUUGUAAAGUAUUGAAGUGUUUAUGGUCAGUUUCCCGCGGCGGCAUUGUCGUUCAUCGGCGGGCUGUCAUCGUCAUCGUCAUGUAGGCUACAGUGCGUGAAUACAAUAAUGUCAAGCGAAUGAUUUUCAUAGCGUCAAUAGAACAUUUUCUAGACAAGUUUUAGAUGUUAAAGAUAACAUUUUGGAUGUCCCUAUACAGAUGUUGUCAGAUUAAAUAAUGCCUUUUUAGCCACUUAAGGGAUUUUUACAAUUGAAGAUACAAAAACGUGAAAUGUAAUUUGUGUUCUGUGCUCACACGAUCUCGAUAGUAUUUUUAGUUAGUGCCUAUAGUGUUAAGUUAGGAUGAAUUUACGCGUGGACUCGGUGUUAACUUAAUAAUAAAAACACCAUAUUUUUCAGACUAUCGCUUUUCGUAUAUGGAGAUUCUAUUAGAUUCAUUUCGUAGUUUAAAACGGUUAGUAUAAUAAAGUGAAAAACGUAUGUGUAUAAUAUAGAGGGAGCCUUAGGCGUGUCGUGAAGCACCCGAGCGGGCUGUCGCCGUCCCGCUCUCGCGCCGCGGCGUGAGCGAGACGGCGACAGUCGCCCGCGGGCACGGACCCAAAGAAGCGCUUAGGAAAUUAUCUAGUAGUCAAGUUGGUGCCUGAUCGUCGGUGUGUUGUGGAUAUCGUAUGCUGUCAUGAAUACCGUUUUAGACAUCCCCUUUUGGAACGUUUCCAAUGUACUGAUUAUUUCUUUCUUUUUUUAUUAAAUUUAAAAUUUUAGUAUAAUUAUUUUACAGCACUGAUGGUAGUGCCAUAAUUGUUUUAUUGGCUCGCUUUUGUUUUAAUAAUAAAUUAUUAUUUUUAUAUAGUGAAAUUCGACACCAAAAUUAGGAAGACGUAUGUUUUUCUAUCCGUACAACAAAAUGGACUUGAAUAUUUGAUCUCAAAUAGACAGUGUUUGGUUUUGAGAAUGCUUGUGAACCUGAAUGCACUAUACACAAUAACUCGCUCAAUUCGUAAUGUAACUUGCACCACGGGUGCGGUGCGGUAUGUGGCAUGUGGCAUGCAGCAUGCGGUAUGCAGCAUGCAGCAUGGCGCGUGCGGUACGCUGUCUGCCCUGGCCUAUUGCAUUAGCUCGAGUACAAAUGUUUGUUUUCGCUCCGAGGACAGCGUUACGUUUGGAAUAUUGACCGGACUAUAUUAUAAUAUACCGCGUAAUUCAUUAGUGUUAGUCGAUCGGAAAUAAAAUUUUAGAAGAGAUAUUUUGUGAAACGCACCUCCGCGCGAGAGGGUCGAAAUUAUAUCGAAAGUGAAAAUUAACACUUAUAGUAUUCAUAAGCGCUAAAAGAUGAUAUAUUUUUGAUCACUGCCACCAAUAGUCGUAAAGUGUCGUAUGUAUGUGGACAUCCCUUUGGUUUUGCAUGUCAGUGGGCACCGGCCGGCUCGCGGCUCGGCGCGUCCUAAUGUUAAGUUUAUAAUUUUGUACGUACGUUAUACUCGGCGCGAUCUCACUCGCAUGCAAAAUCGUUCAGUUCUGCCCGAGAGCAUUCAAGCGGGAACGAUACGUAGUCGACGGCACCGGUCCGAGUGUCCAGUGUUUGUGAGGCGUGAAACACAUUACAGCGGCGAUGCAGACGCGCUGAGUGAUGUCCACCGUCGAGCCAACGGAAUGUAAAUAGUUAAGUAUUUAUUAUUAAGUAUUAUUCUGCAUAGUUCUGUAAUUUGCUUCGCGCCGGCGGAGUGCGGCGGAGUGCGGCGGAGUGCGGCGGGGUGGGGCGGGGUGCGGCGGGGCGGGGCGGGGCGCGGUGACGUCACGCGCCGUGCGAUGACGUCACCGCGCGGGUAGUCUAGCGGUAGUGUACGCGAGUUGUCUUUCAUCAUGUUUCCUAUAUUAUGCGUUUAUUAUAUGAAUGUUCUCCUUUAUUGUAAAUGUUUGACGAGAAUACAAUAGUAAACUAUUGGAAGCCGUAUUCCGAAUAGUGUGCACUACUUAUAUUCAAUUUGUAGAUAUUUAAUUAUAUAUAGUAUAAUGUUUAAUGCGUUGUCUUAUUUGCUUAUUCCCUUUGUGGUGAAAUCCGUAAAAAAUAAUUUUAAUUUGUACCCCAACUGACAAUGGGUGAAGCUACCUCAAUUACUUUAUCACACAUUUUGGGCAUAAUAAUAGUGAAUGUUUAUUUAAUGUGGAACCACGAAAUUUGUUCAAUGUGUAGUGAUUUUAAGAUUUUUUCAAAUAAAAUGGUUUGUCCACCUGUCACAAGUACUGUAUCUUAUAUUAAAUACAUAUUGUAUGAUUGAUA